AUGCUGCCAGCAACAUUCAAACUGUGCUGUGGAAUCUCACAUCAGCAUUUCAGGAACAUGACAGGAUUGAAGAGGACUGCAGUAGCUGCCCUAGCACAUGGAAUGAGAAGAACAAAAAUUAAAGACAAUUUUUUGUCAGGAACUUGGGAUUCUCUAGCCCAGAAAAAGAAGCCUCACUCAGCUCCUAAGAUCAAAGACGAAAGAUUGGAAAUAAAACGGACUCUCAACACUGAAGAGCUUUCCUAUGUGAAGCAAGGGGAAGAUGCUUUACAAAAGGCUCUGAGUAUUUUAAACCAGGAUGCUGGAUGGACAAUGGAAAUCAAAACGGAGAACGGUGACAAUGUUCUGAGCAAAGUUCUACCUGGAAUUGGAAAAGUCUUCAAAUUCGAGGGUGUGCUGAAUGCAACUAUGGAACAGGUGUAUAACGAGCUUUAUGAGAAAAUUGACCAAAUGAGCUCAUGGAAUCCAAGCAUCAAACACUUGCAUGUCCUGCAGAAAAUUGGCAAAGAAACCAUGGUGACUUAUGAAAUCAUGGGAGACACAGCCGGAAACAUCAUUGGACGGAGAGACUUUGUGAGUGUCAGGCAUUGCUGGAAAGAAGGACCUUGCUGCUACUUGACGGGAAUAGCCACUGAAUCCAAAUUCAUGCCACCACAGAAAGGCUUUGUGAGAGGUGAAACUGAGAUUUCGUGUAUUAUCCUACAUCCUGCAGACGCCAAGGACAAGACACGAUUUACUUGGCUUCUCAGCAUGGACCUGAAGGGUUGGCUGCCAAAAUCCCUGAUCAAUCAAGCAUUGUCACAGGCACAGAUAGAUUUUACAGAACAUUUACGCCUACAACUCUCUUCUAGCUUGUUCUCUAUAUCCUGCUGAAUUCAGAAGAGGCAAUAAGAGCAAUGCAAAUAUAAAUGGAAUCACUGAAAGGCAUUCUGCACUGUUCGCUUAGCUGCUGUGUUGCGACAAAGAUAUCAUUUUUGCAGCAAUGAGUCAAGG